AAUCAAUCUUCCACCCUCGAUCCCGAAUAUUUCACAAGACAGCCCUGCUACUAGCAAGUUAAAUCUCUCUCUCCGUGCUUUCAAAUGGAGUUGUGUGCCGAUUGCGACAAGAUCGAUUUCCAUGCUGCAGGGCUACAUGCUCCUGGCGAUCCAGACUACAACUUUUUCUCUCUAGAUGAUGUUCCUCUCUUGGACGUAAUGGCAAGACAGGACGAGUGCUUUCUGUGUGGAAUAGUGACUAGAACGUUUACGGAAUGGGAGCAGGCAGCCUAUGGGGGGUUCGGACGCCUUCACCUUGAGGAAGCAAGAGUUAGCUUCGCGGCUGAGAGAACUAAGACGUUGCACGAGAUCGAGGAUAAUGAGUUAGGUGAGAUUAAUGAGUCAGAUGAGGAUGGAGACAAAGGAGAAGUCAACAACGAUAAUAACGAUAACGAUGGCAAUAAUGACGAUGGCGAUCGUGACGAGUCGCCAAUGGAUUUUCCCAGCCUUUUCAGGAUUUCAGUCUCGUACACAGUCAGGGAUCCGGAAGGCAACGGGUGGAUUGGACCCAACGCGGUCUUUCAAAAGUGCGCCACUGAAGUCAAUAAUGUGGCUUCCAUAUUCAACAACACCUCUUCCAAUGAGUGGCCAGACCACAAGGAGCCAUAUCUCGGACGGAUAAGGCCGCUUGUCGCAGAUUGUCGUCUCUUCAGGAGAUGGAAAGAUUAUUGCAUUAGUUCCCACGGCACGAAAUGUUGGGCGCCAUUCAAUGGACCUACGGCAUUUCGAAUUCGCCUAAUCGAGGUGAAACAAGAAUGCGUUGUUGAACUUACGGAAAAGGCCGAGUGGGUCGCUCUCAGCUAUCUUUGGGGCAAAUCCAAAAAUUUGACUCUAAAGAAGGAAUCUCUUGACCAAUUCAAGACUCCCGGCUUUCUAUCUCGUGACAGGGUUCCAAAAACCAUCUAUGACGCUAUGAUCCUGGCGGACGCAAUUGGCGAGAAAUACCUCUGGGUUGAUAGCAUCUGCAUUGUGCAAGAUGACGAUUUGGAGAAAAUGGAAUUCAUUCCCCGUAUGGAUGCAAUAUACCGUCACUCAAUAUUGACUAUAAUCGAUGCUGCGGGUAGCGAUUCUCAAAGUGGACUUCCAGGGAUGCAUGACGGAACUCGAACCCAAGUUCAAACACCUUUUACUAUAAAAGGUGUAACUCUCGUUCGAACGGUGGACCCGAUAAAUAUAAAUAGCGUUGGUUAUUUGGCCGAAUCCAAUUGGAAUACCAGAGGCUGGACAUUUCAGGAAGGAAUGCUAUCUCCACGAGCCCUUAUCUUCACAAAGGAGCAAGUGUACUGGCAGUGCAGCCAGGCAUCAUGGUGUGAAGAUGGUUUCUGGGAAUGUCCAAAUUCGCCAACCAUCUACCGUCAUGGUUUGGUAGAUGAGCUGCGCAAUAUAUGGUCUUCAAAUCCGAACCUUGUCGAGAAGCGAUAUCGUCAACUAGUUGAGAUAUACUCCCAGCGGAAAUUGUCCUACGAAAGCGAUGGACUUGACGCAUUCAAAGGAAUUCUCGAGAGUCUGAAACAAAUAUCUGGUCUUGAGUUUCUGUGGGGGCUACCAACAUUUUAUCUCGGAGCAGCUUUGACAUGGCCAGCACAUGAUGAGGCGAUACAAGUGAGAAGACGAAUUGGUUUGUGCAAAUACAGCGAUUCGUCAGGCAACAUUUUCGAAUGUCCCUUUCCGAGCUGGUCUUGGGUAGGCUGGGUAGGAAAGAUUCAUUUUGAAGAGGUUUUCGGAACUUUGACUUCGAGGCACGCUAGUCUUGUCUUCCAUAAGAUCCACCCUGAUGGUGCUACGGAAAUCAUACAGCAAAACUUAGAAUUCAAAGAAAAGUACGCAAGCCGUCGAUGGAACAAGGAAGAACCAGAUAUUCCCAAACCAGACUGGAGGGAUGAAUCACAGACGAUGAUCACGAGAAGUGACGUUCCCGUCUCCGUAUUUUCGCGGAAUGUUUCGACCAUUGUUCUCGGAUUCUGGAGCAGUACUGCUGUCGUGACUGUGCAGUAUAAACAUGACGGUAGAGAUUGGGAUUUUGAUAUAAAAAACAAAGAUCCAAAGGUUCUUCAGAAUGAGGUGGAAUUCCGAGCUCAGUGGGGCCAAAUUCCACGGCACCCAAUAGAGAUGGAAUCCGAGCUUGUUAGGUUUAUCAUAAUCGGUCGAUGUACUUUAUCUGCUGCGAGGGCGAAAGAAGAACUAAUUGCUAUUAUGGCAGACCUUGAGACAGAUGAAGGUUUAACGUAUCGCCGGGCAAUAGUCAGUAUUCGGGAAUCGGAAUGGAAUAAACUUGAGGGUAAGGUAUGGAAUAGGAUAUUCUUAGCUUAAACCCAGUAUGGGAAAAGAGUAGAGUAGAGUAGAGUAGAGUAGAG